CUCAUAACCGUUCGUCAGUCGUCAGCUCAGAGCAUCCAGAGCUAGCACCCAAUUAAAUAGUGUCGAAGUGUGACAUUCGGAAAAGUAACGAUUCGGGUUUGAAUUGCCGCUACCAAGAGAAGAGUUAUUGUAACAAUAUUUGAUCCUAGAUCCUGGUUUGUUUUUGUCCAUGUUCGGCUAAUCGUUGUCAGUUUUUACUAAAGGUUGUUUUGUGUCGGUGCGAAUAAUCACCGUCAAACUGUGCCUAGGAUAUCUGUGUAUUCGUCCAGUUUACGCAUAAACUAAUUCUAUUCAAACAUUGUGGUACUAGCAACAAACAUACAGUUUGGUUAACCGCAUCGCUGCAGUAAGGAGGCUGAAAUAUGAAUUAUUACCCAUUGACCCUGCUGCUGGUAGUGGCGUAUGUUUACGCUUGCCGCGGAGCCGAGAUUCCUCCACCCACGGUCUACGAAAAUGGCGAGGUAGUACGGACCUACCUGGGUGUGGAUGUUUACAAAACAGAAAGGGCUUGCGCCAGGCUGGGUGGUCUGUGCGUGCAUAAAUCCGAUUGCCAGUCGCCCUCUACCAUGAGUGGUCUCUGUCCGGAGAGUGCCCAUCGAGGUGUCGAGUGCUGUUAUGAAGUGAUCCCAGUUAAGGGCGAACUUAAUUGUGCCGAGUAUCUAGGCGAGUGCAUGACAAGCUGCAACGCCAUCGGUUUGAGACGUCCGGCAAAAGACUGCGAGGAGGACGAAAUUUGCUGUGUGUUGACUAAUUAAUGAUGGAAACGAUGCGGCGCUUUUAUCUCUACCAGGCAUACGCAAACUUGGUAUCCCAGUUUUGAUCACGAAUACCUUUCAUUUUUAUGUGCUUACCCAUUACAGAAAUCGUUUGAAUUUGAUGUUAAUAAUGGAAUUUACUUUAGAUGGUUGGGAUAUGUCUGUAAUAAGAUUGGAUUACUAAGCAAUUGCUUGAUGGGAAAUUGUCAUGAUAAUGGUCUGUGUGCAAAAAGUCUGAACAGUGAUAGCAUGAAUAGCAACAUUUACUUUUGUUGGAUGUUUUGCAUUAGUGAACGCACAGUAGAAGAAUGCGAAACUGCUUCUUGUAAAUUUGGUUGACUAAUAAUAUAAGUGGCAGAUACAGGAAUUUAA